UCCAAAGGCGACACAUGUGGUGCCAAUCGUGGCGAUCGCGAAACUUCUGGGACCUCGAGCGUGUUUCUUUUUCAAACAAGGAUGACGACGCCGUUCGCGAGAUUCAUCCUGAGCGAAACUGGACGGCAGACCUGCGGAUUCCUGGGUCUAACGGCUAGCUUCGCCGCGUUUCUCGGCUCAUCACUUCCCCAUACAUACCUUCUGUACAAGUACAAGGAAAUUGUACAGUUUUACGAGGAUGCCGUGCCGAUUGAUUUGAACCCAGAGGUUGCAGACAGAGCAAACAAAGUUUUGGAAGCCACCACCCUCUCUCCAAGCCGCAAGGCGAACGUAAGGUUCUUCCCGGUCGCUAUGCUGGACACCUUCUUUGCGGGAAGCACCGUUGCCAUUUGUGGCGCCGAGAUUGGCUUGCCCGUUACCUUCGGCUACAAAAAAGUGGAAGACAUUAAGACUAGCAAUCUGUCUAUCCGCAACGUAAUGCAGCCCAUGUGGAACACCAGGGAGGCACAGCAACUCAAGGACUCUCUCAUCCUCAGCGAGAAAGCUCAGAAGUUUGCCAUAGCGCGCGAGAUCUACUGGUGCAACACCUACUAUGUCCACCUACACUCCCUUAUGCUGUCUUUCUCGGUGGCCAACUGCUACGUCCUGAGCCGCCUGCUCAAUGACCGCUUUCAGCUUUUGCAAAGAGUACCGCGGAAAGCGAGAGUGCUCAUGUACGGUCUCGUGGCCGCAUUCAAUGCAACCGCCUACAUCUGCGUCAAGGAUGCAUCCAGUCAGUACUGGGACAAGAAGGCGGACGAGAGUGCGGCUGCCCUCGGACGAGAGUAUGCGGAAGGAGGCGUCGAGUAUUACCAGAAGACACUGCAGAAGAACAGGGCGCUGCGAGAGCUGAUGGGGAAGGCGGGCGAGAAGACAUACACGUCCAAAGGAAACAUCAACAGGAUCUUCCGAACUGACCACCUCCCACUCACCUAUAGGUUGGAUUGCCUCAUGAACCAAGUGAAGUUGUGGGGUAACGAAGAGACGAAAAACCAAGUACUUGCAUAGCUGGACUCCUAUUGUGUACAGUUAACAUAUAGAAGUGUGCGUUGUAGAAUUAAAAUAAAUGUUAAAUACAAAAAUA